AAGCAUCCAAUUGAGGGAGCAAACACAACACAAAGUUGAGGUGAAACAAUUACAGGAUGAAUUCCAACACAUCAGGUGCAAAGGCUGGCCGUCAGCAUAGGCGUAAGAAAAGGAGGUCGGCGAGAUUGAGUGGUGGUCUGAAAAAGCAAAGGGAAGAAAUAAAAGAGGUGGAAGGGGAAUUAAGAGAAAAACUGGAAGCCAUUGAUGUGGAAUGUGAGCAACUUCGGGAGGAGACAAUCCUGGUGAGACGACAGAGCGUAAAUACACAAAUCAGGCUAGCUCUAAUGUUCCAAAUCCUCAAAGCCAGAGAGAAGCAUGACGUUUUGAAAGCCUCACUACUCACUUCUGCCCUCCGUGAAUUGAUAGCAAGAGACAAGUAGCAAAUUAAAGGAAGCUUUGAUGAAGCAUCUUAUUCAACUGCACCUUUUUUUCUAUUACAUUUGUAUGUCUAUGCAUUUUUCUA